AUGCUUGGCGAUGAUAUCGGUGGUGUUACUAUGUUACUAUCACUAACGACGGCAACGCCGGGUCAUUAUGCCAGUGGUUUUAAGAUAUUGAAUCAGCUUAUUUCUGAGAUGAAUCAGCUUGCAUUUUUAUCAUUGAAGAAAAACCUUAUGAUUGGUCACUCACUCUCACUACCUGUUCUACCGUUUGCUGAACCAACUCUAAUUCUCAAUCAGGUUAGGAUUGUUCAUGAAGGGAUGAAGCUUCCUUUGCGUUUGAAUGGUCACACUGUUAUCACUUUCCAUGUUGCUUCUGUUUUUCCCAAGAAUGCGUACAACUCAUGGCAGGAACAAAAGUUGAUGUUGCUCCGAAAACACGCAAAAGAAAUUCCUAUUCACCGGGAGAUUCACAUGUAG